AAAUAAAUAAAUAAAUAAAUAAAUAAAUAAAUAAAUAAAUAAAUAAAUAAAUAAAUAAAUAUCAAAUAAACAAAUAAAAAGCAAAUAAACAAAUAAAUAUCAAUAAAUAAAUAAAUAAACAAAUAAUUUUAAUUUUUAAAUAAAUUUAAUACAAUAAAUAAUAACUAUACAAUGACCAUUACUGACUUUUUCGUCCCAGCUAUUGCCUUUACCAAAGUUUCCGAUAUUACCAAAGCAUACUUUAAAAGCCCAGGAAAUCCACCUGCAUCACAACUUGCCUAUUUACAAAACCCACCAUUAGUAAAUAAUGCACCAUCCCUUUAUAAUUAUGUUUAUGCCGAGAUCAUUUUAAAUUCAGUCCUCAACUUUAGCACCACUGAUGCCUACGGUGCUGGCCCACUCAUUACCUCUUUAGGUACUCUCCAAAGUAAUAUAUAUACCACCAUUAGCGGUUUCUUCCCAGUUUUACUUGCUAAUUUACCAAAUUGCUUCAACACUGCCGUCGUUGCCACUGCUAAAUAUGACACCAUCAAAAGCAAUCUCAAUGCUCAAAGGACAUUAUUAACCAAUUUAAAAACUCAAUGUUCAACUCUUAUUAACUCAAUUAACACAACUAAAAAUGCUCUCCCAGUAAACCAACCAAAUACAGCCUCCUAUAAUGCUGUAGUUACCUGCUACACUAAUGUUGUCGCUGGCAUCAACAUAGCUUCAACACAAAUUGAUGCAGCUUCCAGUUUAAUUGGUACAAUUGGUACAAAUUUAGAUACCUUAUCUGUAACAGCCAGUUAUUAUCUUGACGAUCUUUGUUCAGAUGCAGAGUAUAUGGACAGUGUAAAUAAUACCUGCAGUAAUAUUUGCUACUCUAUAAAUAGUAUCUUAGGUUGUCUUAACGAAUUCGGUAAAACAAAAGCAUUGUAAAUUAAUUAAAAAAAAAAAAUACAAAUAUAUUUAUAUUUAAUUAUUUAAUAUUUAUAAAUAUUGAAUAAAAGUAUAAAUAAUAGUAAUUAUUUUAUAUUUAUAUUAUUAAUAAUAAUAUUAAUGAUAUAAUUCCAACAAAUAAUAAUAAUAAUAAUAAUAAUAAUAAUAAUAAUAAUAAUAAUAAUAAUAAUAAUAAUAAUAAUAAUAAAGAAUAGUAAUAAUUAUAUUAAUAAUGAUGAUAGUGAUAUCAACCAUUAUGUAUAAUAAAUACUUUUUAAACUAU